GCAACCAAGCUCGUGAGUGUUCGUGACCAUCACAUGAUCAACAACUCUGCAAGAUGGCAACGACGAUCAAAAUAAAUGCUCAUCAUAAUGGUCCUUUAAGCGAUAAAGCCGCUCAAAGAACUCACAAAUUAGCCGUAACACGAGAUUAUAUUUCUCAACCCAGGCUUACAUACAAAACUGUUUCUGGUGUCAAUGGGCCCUUGGUUAUCUUGGACAAUGUCAAGUUUCCAAAGUUUGCAGAAAUUGUUAAUUUGGUACUGGCUGAUGGCUCUCAGAGAUCAGGACAAGUUUUGGAAGUUAUGGGCUCAAAAGCUGUUGUCCAGGUAUUUGAAGGUACAUCAGGUAUUGAUGCCAAACAUACCCAGUGUGAAUUUACUGGUGAUAUUUUAAAGAUGCCAGUUUCUGAAGAUAUGUCAGGUCGAAUUUUUAAUGGAUCUGGAAAACCUAUAGAUAAUGGACCAGCUGUCUUGGCAGAAGACUUUUUGGAUAUUCAAGGUCAACCAAUUAAUCCAUGGUCUAGAAUUUAUCCUGAGGAAAUGAUUGAGACUGGCAUAUCUGCUAUUGACACCAUGAAUAGUAUUGCUCGUGGUCAAAAGAUUCCAAUUUUCUCAGCUGCUGGUCUCCCACAUAAUGAAAUUGCCGCCCAGAUCUGUCGACAAGCUGGUCUGGUCAAACUUCCUGGUAAAAGUGUACUGGACAGUCAUGAAGAUAACUUUGCCAUUGUUUUUGCUGCUAUGGGGGUUAACAUGGAAGCUGCCAGAUUUUUCAAACAAGACUUUGAAGAAAACGGCUCUAUGGAAAAUGUGUCACUGUUUUUAAAUUUAGCCAACGAUCCAACCAUUGAGCGUAUUAUUACCCCACGUAUUGCUCUGACAACCGCUGAAUAUUUGGCAUACCAGUGUGAGAAACAUAUUCUUGUCAUCUUGACAGAUAUGAGCUCCUAUGCUGAGGCCUUGAGAGAGGUCUCUGCUGCCAGAGAAGAGGUGCCAGGUCGUCGUGGUUUCCCAGGUUACAUGUACACUGAUUUGGCUACUAUCUACGAACGUGCUGGCCGUGUUGAAGGCAGAAACGGCUCUAUUACUCAGAUUCCUAUUUUGACCAUGCCAAAUGACGACAUUACCCAUCCCAUUCCUGAUCUUACUGGUUACAUUACUGAGGGUCAAAUGUAUGUGGACAGGCAGCUUCACAACAGACAGAUUUAUCCUCCUAUUAAUGUCCUGCCAUCCUUGUCACGUUUGAUGAAGUCUGCUAUUGGUGAGGGCAUGACGCGUGAGGACCAUGCUGAUGUGUCCAACCAGCUGUAUGCCUGCUAUGCUAUUGGCAAAGAUGUCCAAGCCAUGAAGGCUGUAGUUGGUGAGGAAGCUUUGACACCUGAAGAUUUGCUUUAUCUUGAAUUCCUAAUCAAGUUUGAGAAGAACUUUAUUACCCAAGGCCAUUAUGAGAAGAGAACAAUUUUUGAGUCCCUGGAUAUAGGGUGGCAACUGCUACGUAUUUUCCCCAAGGAAAUGUUGAAGAGAAUUCCCCAAGGCACAUUAGCAAAAUACUAUCCCAGAGCAUCAACACAAGCAGCCGUUUCUGGCAAAAAAGCAGAAACAACAGCACUCUAAAAAAUCUGACCUGUAUAGUUUCACAUGGAUACUUGUAUUUAGAAAUUAUUUCAGCUGUCAUCUGGAUCAUCUCAGUGUAGGUUUCACAUAACUUAAAUUGUGAUACUGUGUCCUACUGUGUAGAUAUAUAUUAAAUGUUUAUUGUGGUUAACCAAGACUGUAGAUUUAAUUAGUAUCUUAUCUAGUUGUUUGUUCAUAUAUGGAAUAAGAGAACACUUGCUAUGGUUAAACAAAUUUGGGAAGCUGUUUCAUGCAGCCAUUUUGUUUCAGCUUUUCAUUUUUAGUGUUCAUCCUUUUUAUGUUCUUAGCAAAUAAGUUCUUACAUUCCAUUAUGAGUACAUGACUGUUAUUCCACAAUCAACAGAGACAGGUGUCUUUACAUUAAUUAAUUGCUCUGUGAUAUUUGUAGACACCAUGUCAGCACAAUUAAGAGUUUAUUUGUUCUCUUGUGGUUUAUCAGUGUAACAUUUUGGCAGAAUGGGUACAGUUUUUGUAGUUGUAUUUAUUUAUUGAUGCUGCCAGUCAUGACAAGUUCCUUUAUUGUAAGCAUCAGUUGUUUAUAUAUGUAUCACAUUUUUUUAAGAAUGCAAGGCAUUUAAGAUGUACAUUACUAAGCAGGAUAUCCUUUAUAUUUUAUUAUGUGAGUAUGGGGAUUCAUUUCCUUUUUUUAUGUAAUCAAAAAAUAAAACUGUAAUCUGGUAAUUUUGUUUUUCACUAUUUAUUCUCAUUCAUUCAUAAUCCUAAACAAUAGUUGCAAACCAUUCAGUGGGAUGUGCUUUACUGUUCAGUUAGUUAAGGUGUAAGCUAGCAGCCAUUUCACUAUUGUCAGCUUUUAAAUUUAAAGUCUAGGGACAAAAUUAUGCAUUUUUUUCUAAUUUGGAUAUUUUAGGAACAAGUAAUUUAAUAUCUUUAGGUUAUUGAAUUUUGUUGUAUAUUAAUUCAUAUUGUGUUAUUGAUGAAUGAUACAGCUAUGGAUUCAAUCUAGCUUCAGAUUCUUUGUAAAUUGUUGUAUUUAGCCA